AUGGAUUACACAACUGAUGACUUAGAAAAAGCAGUCACUAUGUUCUAUAGAACUGAAGCACAUCAACAGGCAGAAGCUCAUCAGUGGUUAACUGAAGCACAGAGAUCUCCACAAGCUUGGAGAUUUGUUUGGGAGCUUCUUGAUCCCAAUAAGAGUUCUGAAGUUCAAUUCUUUGCUGCCACAACAUUGCACACAAAGUUGAUGAAAUAUUGGAAUGAAGUACCUGAGGACCAUUAUGAACUAUUGAAGAAGCGUAUUUUGGACUCUAUAAUUACUUAUGCAAUGGGCCCAAAAAUUGUUUUGAACAGGUUGUGCAUAACUCUUUCUGCUUUUGUCAUCCAUACUAUUCCAACCCAUUGGCCAAAAGCAUUUGAAGAGUUGGUAUCGAGCUUCCAACCUCAGUAUUUGCCUAAUGUUGAGCCUGAGAGGGUGAUAUGGAUUCUUCUAGAAAUUUUAACUGUGAUACCUGAAGAAUUUCAAAGCACUACUUUAGCUUUGAGCCAGAGAAACAGAGUGCGACUGGUUCUUCAACAAGUCUCCAAGGAUAUUUUGAAGGUAGUGGAGAUGUGUUUGUUGCCCUUACCGGAAGCAGGGUACUACUUGUUUAUUAGUCCUACAGAAUAA